CGUGAAAUUUACACGGGGGGCAUAACGGCGAUUUUAAUGAACAAAAAGAAAGUAGCGCCAAAGUCUCGGUUUCACAUCAUUUUACAAAGGAUCAUCGGCCAAUUUCUAUUGAUUGAUACAUAAUCGUGCGAAAAUCUACGAUUUCCUUUUUCCAACAAUAUACAAAUUCUCUGCUUCAAAACAUGUAGGUUUUUUUUUUUGGAAGAUUUUUUAAAAAUGGCUAUGGCUGGAUUGUACCGUCGAUGCCUUCCUUCUCCUCCGGCUAUCGAUUUCGCUUCCUCUGAAGGAAAGCAACUUUUUGUUGAAGCCAUUCAAAAUGGAACAAUGGAAGGUUUCUAUAGGUUGAUUUCUUAUUUUCAGACGCAAUCAGAGCCUGCUUAUUGUGGUUUGGCUAGCCUUUCUGUGGUCUUGAAUGCCCUUGCCAUUGAUCCUGGAAGAAAAUGGAAAGGACCUUGGAGGUGGUUUGAUGAAUCCAUGUUAGAUUGCUGUGAACCGUUGGAGAAGGUUAAAGCUAAGGGCAUCUCAUUUGGGAAGCUUGCAUGUUUGGGUCAUUGUGCUGGGGCAAAAGUUGAAGCAUACCGUACAAAUCAGAGCAACAUUGAUGAAUUUCGUAAGCAUGUAAUUAGAUGUUCCACUUCUGAUGAUUGCCAUAUGAUAUCGUCAUAUCAUAGAGGAGCUUUUAAACAGACAGGAACUGGUCAUUUUUCACCUAUUGGUGGUUAUCAUGCUGGAAGGGACAUGGCAUUGAUUUUGGACGUUGCACGUUUUAAGUAUCCUCCACAUUGGGUUCCACUAAACCUUUUGUGGGAAGCUAUGAAUUGUAUUGAUGAGACAACUGGGCAACGCAGAGGGUUCAUGCUCAUUUCGAGGCCUCAUACAGAGCCUGGACUGCUUUAUACCUUGAGCUGUAAACAUGAGAGUUGGGCUGGUAUUGCAAAGUAUUUAGUGGAUGAUGUUCCUAUUCUCUUAAAAACAGAAGAUGUGAAAGACAUUAAUAAAUUGCUCUAUGUUGUUUUCUCGUCACUCCCAUCAAAUUUUGGAGAAUUUAUUAAGUGGAUUGCUGAAGUGCGGAGACAUGAGGAUGGCGGAGCAAGUCUAAGCCAAGAGGAGAAAGGAAGGCUUGCUGUUAAGGAGGAGGUUUUAAAACAAGUGCAGGAAACUGGACUUUUUAAACGUGUAGCAUCAUUUUUAUCUUCAGCAAACACAUGUUGCAAAAGUUUGCCAAUUCUAAGUCCAGAAGAUGAUCUUCCUCAUAUUGCUGCAAGUAUUUGUUGCCAAGGGGCAGAGAUUUUGGCAGGGAAGUUCAGUUCUUCAGGAGGUUAUUGUUGUAGGGAAACUUGUGUGAGGCAGUUGAAGACCACUGAUGAAAAGCCUAUUACUUUGGUGUCUGGUAAAGUUGUAGACGGUGGAAAUGAGCAAGGGCUUGAUGUGCUAGUUCCUUCUUCUCAAAUGAAACCGAGUUGCUGUGGCUGUGGCCCAAGUAGUUGCAUUGGGAUGUAUCCAGCUGGCAAUGAUGUUCUUACAGCACUUCUACUGGCUUUGCCUCCUGAAACAUGGUCUAGUAUCCAAGAGGGGAAACUUUUGCAAGAAAUGUACACUCUUGUUUCAACCCAAAAUCUUCCGAUUUUGCUUCAAGAAGAGGUGUUGCAUCUAAGGCGUCAACUCUACUUUCUUAAGAGAUGCCAAGAGAAUAAGGUAGAUGAGGAUCUUGGUGCGCCUCUUUCCUAGUACUUGAAUAAUAUCUUUAUAAAAUCAUUAUUUUUGUAAGCCAAGAGUGCUUUAUUAUGGAUAUGAAAAUUGUAAACGCAAAUGCACCUCCGGGACUUGUUUAUUAAUGAAGUAGGGAGGGACCAAAUUCACACGGUAAAGAAAA